CUAAGGAAGUGACGUAGAGAUAACGCAACCAGAGACGGCAGUGCACGAGCCGGAAGCGGCGAGCGUUUGGCGCGGUUUGGAAGCUCAGUCGGUUUGGGAGAGCGGUGGUGACUUUCAAACGUUUGAAGUACCGGUCUCGAGCCUGCGGUCGCUGGCCAUUGAGCUCGCGCUAUGCAUCCCAAGCACUCGAAGAAAGUCGCCGUGUCUGACUCUGAAGAAAGCAGCUCUCCUACCAGACACAAAAAUGCAGAGUUUAUCUUAUUAUGUCAAAGCCUUAAGGUUGAAGAAAAUGUGAACGAGAGAGCUUGGAAGAUAUGGGAGUCGAUGCCAACACAUUUGGUUAAUGGUAUUGCACUAGAAAAUAGGAAGUAUUGGGGGAUUUGCAUUUUUAUCGCAGCAGUAGAUUUGAAUGCUGUUUCCUUCACUCUGACGGAAUUGCAGAAAACCUUGGAUCUGAACGUAACAGAGUUUUUGCAGCUACUGAAAAAAAUGGAUGUGAACUUGGACACUGUUAGCACUGAAGUAAAUUUAUUGGUGCUGAGACUGGUAAAGAAGCUCCAUGUCUUCACUGCUCUCUUUGAAAAAUUUAAGAGGAUAUGUGAAAAGAUAUUUGAAGAGACACCAUGUAACCAGGCACCAUCGGAUGCUAAUAAACCAGUGAUGAAAGUCUGUUGGAUCACAUUUCUUCUAGCAACAGGAAAGCUACUACAGAUGGAAGAUGACCUUGUGCUCUCUUUCCAAUUGUUGCUUUGUGUCCUGGAGUACUUUAUUAAGAUCUUGCCUGCUGAAUUGAUUAAGGAACCUUACAGAGCUGCUGCGAAUAGUAUAAUUUCCAGUGGUUUAUCAAGAGCUUCUAGACGGAGUCACAACAGAACAACACAAGCAAGCAAUUUAACUGAGGUGGACUCCAAAGUCUUGGAAAUUCUUUGUCAGGAAAAUGAAUGCAAUACAGAUGAAGUGAAAAACAUUUAUUUGAAAAGCUUUCUUCCUUUUCUGGACAAAAUUAAAAUAUCUUCCUGUACUGAAUUUCCUGAGCUUGAUACACUUUCAAGACAAUAUGAGGAGCUUUAUCAUCACAACAAAGAUUUCGAUGGAAGACUAUUUCUUGAGUGUGACAAAACUCUGCAGAUGGACCCAGAAGACAGAUGCGAAGAAAGAACUCCAAAGAUGCCUCAAACUGAAGAUGGUAAUACAGUACAUCCUCCGCAGACUCCUGUUAGGUACAAAUUGUUUUGUGUUCAUUCGCUUCUAGGUACCUUACAUUCCUCUGUUGAAUAUUAGGCGCAGCGUUGUUCUACUUUUUUUCAGAAUUGUACAAUAAACCCCACCACCAACAUUACUAAAAGAGUGGAGAAUUUGGGUCAAAAGUUUCAGGAGAAAUUUGCUCGGGCUGUGGGAGAAGGAUGGGCUGAGAUUGGAUCACAGAGAUAUAAUCUUGGUGUACGGUUGUACUAUAGAGUUAUGGAAUCCAUGUUGAAAUCGGAAGAAAAGCGUCUUUCUGUCCAAAAUUUUAGCAAGUUGUUGAAUGAUGCUACUUUUCAUGGAUCCCUUCUAACCUGUGCCGUGGAAGUUGUUAUGACCACAUAUGGUAUGACCUGGAAUGUUUCAUUGAAGAGCAGCAUUCAAACAGAAACUGACCUUUCCUUUCCCUGGAUCCUUCGCGUAUUCAACAUAAAGGCUUAUGAGUUUUAUAAAGUUAUCGAGAGCUUCAUUAAAGCAGAACCAAAUCUAACCCGAGAGAUGAUUAAGCACGUGGAAAGAUGUGAACACAGGAUCAUGGAGUCUAUUGCUUGGCAGUCGGACUCACCUUUGUUUGACAUACUCAAGCAACAAAAAGAACGGGAUGAUCAGCCAGAUCAGCUUGAACCCACCAGUACCCUCAAACAACCACUCCAGCACAGCCACACUGCUGCAGAUCUUUAUCUUUCUCCUGUGCGAUCACCAUGGAAGAAAGGAUCUGGUACAGCAAACACAGUUCCCACACAACAAACAAAAACUGAGACAUCAUCAUCUUGGCAAUCCCAGUCCCAACUUCAACAGAAGUCUCAGAAAUCUACCUCACUCUCUCUCUUCUACAAGAAAGUGUAUCGUCUGGCAUAUCUUCGACUGAACAUGCUAUGCAAUCAUCUUCAUCUACCGUCUGAACAUCCUCAGCUGGAAGCUAUUAUAUGGACGUUGUUUCAGCACACAUUAGCAAAUGAACAUGAACUUAUGAAAGACAGACAUUUAGACCAGAUAAUGAUGUGUUCCAUGUAUGCCAUUUGCAAGGUGAAGAACAUAGACCUUAGAUUCAAGACUAUUGUUACUGCCUAUAAGGACUUGCCAAAUACAAAUCAAGAGACCUUCAAACAUGUACUGAUUAAAGAAGGGCAGUAUGAUUCCAUCAUAGGCUUCUACAACCUGGUAUUCAUACAGAGGCUAAAAACCAAUAUUUUACAGUAUGUUUCAACCCGUCCGCCAACACUCUCCCCAAUACCUCAUGUUCCUCGAAGUUCAUUUGGUUUUCCAACCUCUCCACUACGUGUACCUGGUGGGAACAACAUUUAUGUCUCUCCACUGAAGAGUUCGUAUAAAACUGACGGAUUGCUGUCCCCCACAAAAAUGACCCCAAGAACACGAAUCUUGGUGUCUAUUGGUGAACCAUUUGGGACACCAGAAAAAUUCCAGAAAAUCAACCAGCUGGUCAGUUCCAGCGAUCGACACUUGAAGCGGGCUGGGGACACUGGAAGUGUGCCAAAGCCACUGAAAAGGCUUCGCUUUGAUAUGGAUGAACAGGAUGAGGCUGACGGCAGCAAACACUUGUCUGGGGAAUCCAAACUACUACAGCAGAAGAUUGCUGAAAUGACAUCCACAAGAAAUAAGAUACAAGAACAGAAAAUGAAGGAUGGGAGCAGCGACACAAAGAGGGAUGAAAACUGAUAUUUCUUACUUCAUGUGAUUCAGGAUGAUGUUCACACUGCAUCCGCGGCAGCAGAAUCUUCAUAGUUUUUGGUCUUGACUGAUUUUUUUCACCCUCCCACUCUCUGAUUUUGUUUUAGCCAAGGGAGUAUUUCCUUUAAGAAACUCCAGUUAGAAAUGUUCUUAAGUUAUUUUAGAGAAUUGUUUCUCUUAACAUGAUGCCUUAAGGGUCAUAUUUUCUUGUGUGUGUAUAAAGAGUAAUAAAAUGUAUAAGUAACAGAGCAGGACUGAUGAAAUAAACUACUAUUAUUUUACCACUGAGCAUUUCAAAAAUUAACAUGGGAAUAAUCUGAAUUUUGCAGAAAUGAACAUGGGUAUUCAUCAUACCAGACAUAGAAAAUUAUUUAUCUGGCCCUCUUUAGCCUACAAAUGUACUGAAUCACCAGACCAAAUUACCUGUUUCUUUCUUUGCCAUGUUAAUGCAGUAUAUAUUAUCUUGCUACUUUCUUGCUGCCCUGCAAUAUUUCCCUGAACACAACAUUUCAACCAACAUCUGUCUUUGAUUUGCAUAUUAAGGCAGAAUGUAAUUCUGAUAUCUGCUUGAGGACUUGUUCAAAGCGUCAUGUCCCUGCCAUGAUUUAAUCCAUGGAUGAGUUUUGUAAUGCAUGGCUACACCUUUUGCAUCUGUUGUAAACUUAGGUCUGACCUGUUUCAAAGUGAUCUUUACAUUUCCCAUGCGUAUUGUUAAUCAAGGCAACGUGUCUCAGUCAAUGAAAUGCAAUUCCAUCAACUUUCAUCAUGUUCUUUUUUUAAAAUAAAUUUAUUUGCACACUC